GUGCGUUUGAUGUGCAUGGUCCAAGUAUCAGUGGCACAUGGCACGGCUCCGGCCAGAGGGCUGUCGCUGGUAUCACGAGCUGUUGAUGCUUUGAUUGCCGGUUGCGAUUUCGCUUGAGGGUAGAGCAUCCAUCACGGCGUCUGGAACGGCUUGCUGAGACGAUACAAACCGAUACGAUAAUAACCGAAGCCACUCAGCACAACGUCUGACUGUGCUGUUUUCCGUGUCUAUCCCCCUCAACCCCUCUCUCAUUGGAUAAGAAUCAGCACAUCGCAUGUCGAGGAAAAAGAUUCAAUUGCGAUUGCGAUUCAUCAUAAUUCCAUACCCGAGAUGGCGACAGAUUCAACCUCCUUCAGCCCGGAAUAUUUGGCCCAGUCCAAGACGGGGCUGGUCACAGCCUUCUACUCGAUUCCUAUUGGACUCGAGGCAUUAAGCACAGGAUGGAGAGUGUGGGCAGUGUCUUCAUCUCAGGGGCGGCUUGGCUUUGAAGACUAUCUUAUGCUGUGGGCGACGCUCGUUGCCAUGGUUGAAUGUGCACUAGGAUUGAUAUAUGGACCGCCGUAUGGACUGGGGCGCCAUAUACAAGCUAUUCCCAAACACAAUGUGCAAAUGUUUCUCAAGGGUGACUACAUCUUCAGUCACUUCUACGACAUCGCCAUCGGCUUCACCAAACUCUCCGUCUUGACCCUCUACUACCGCAUCUUUAUCACUCGUACAUUUCGAACUCUCGUAAUCAGCACCGCCUGUUUUGUUUGCGCCUGGAUUAUCGUUAUGGAGGUUGUGCUGGGCUUUGGAUGUCAGCCCAUCCAGGCGUGGUGGGGCGAAACUCGGGGGAAAUGCAUCAACAAGGAGGCCUUUACGUAUUUUACCAAUGUGACCAACAUGGUAACGGAUCUGUGGAUAUUCUCAAUGCCGAUCCCGGUGAUUCUAGGGCUCCAUGCGGCCAAGGAGAGGAGGGUGAUUCUGUGCUUCAUGUUUGGGAUUGGGGCGGCGACAUGUGCGAUUAGUGCGGCCAGGCUGUCGUUUGUGUUUGGAGUUGCCUCUACAGAUUUCACUUGGGACGAGGCUUCGCUGGGUAUCCUCUCGGCCUGGGAACCCUGCGGUGCCAUUCUCUGCGCAAACCUUCCUCUGAUAUAUCGUCAUCUGGUCAUAAUCAAGGAUAAAAUCCAGUCUACCGUUAAGUCUGUGACGCAUUCCAGGAGCGUCGCAACAGCAUCCAGUUCUGAACGGCGAGGCGGAGGAUACAAGGGGAGUUUGCAGCACCACGACUGGGCGAAACUCAACAAUAGCGAUGGUUUGUCCGGGGGAACGGGGGGCGAGACUGUUGUAGAGGUUUCCGCACAACCAGCGACUAUGUCGGUGGAGUUGGACGAGUUGAAGUCUGGAGGAAUUAUGGUGUCGAGGGCGUUUACACAGAGCAGUGCGCAUGAUAUAUUGUCGGUGGCGGCGACUGGGAUAAGCCAAAGGACUGAGUAAGAGCUUUUUUUCUAUUUUGAUUAAUUUCUUGAAUUCCCCCCCUUUUCUUUGGUGAUAUCAUUCAUUUAAGCGCAUAUACCCUGUUCUUACCCUGUCAAAGUUGGAGGCGAAUCAAACUGUCAGAAUGUGCGUCCGUUGGUUGACUUACACGGAGGGGUUACAACAUAUUGGCCUUGAUGCAGCAUUUAUCUUGCGCACAACAGCCAAGAAUAAACAAAG